AUGAAAGUGUUGGUGACAGGUGCUUCAGGUUUCUUAGGUGGAAGGCUCUGCCAUGCGCUCCUCCGUCGUGGCCACUCUGUUCGGGCGUUCGUCCGUCGCACCAGCGAUCUCUCCUCCCUUCCUACUCUGUCCGACGGCGUACCUCUAGAACUUGCCCUUGGUGACGUUACGGACUAUCCGUCACUUCUCGCAGCUUGCUCCGGCUGCAAUGUGGUUUUCCACGCCGCUGCUAUAGUGGAAUCAUGGCUACCGGAUCUUUCAAAAUUUAUAUCUGUGAACGUUGGAGGUUUGAAAAACGUACUUCGAGCGUAUAAGGAAACGGAUACGAUAGAGAAGAUCAUUUAUACAUCGUCGUUUUUCGCUUUAGGAUCCACUGACGGAUAUACUGCCGACGAGACUCAGAUGCAUUCAGCCAAGUUUUUCUGUAGUGAGUACGAGAAAUCAAAAGCUGUAGCUGAUAAGAUUGCUCUAGAAGCAGCAAAGGAAGGGGUACCCAUAGUCGCUGUUUGUCCUGGAAUUAUCUACGGACCUGGUAAAAUCACUGCUGGGAAUGUUGUGGCUCGAUUGAUGGUUGAACGGUUUAAUGGACGCAUGCCUGGGUAUAUAGGUGAUGGAAAGGAAAGCUUCUCUUUUACUUAUGUAGAGGAUGUGGUAAAUGGUCACAUUUUGGCUUUAGACAAGGGCCAACCAGGCCAAAGAUAUCUUCUUACGGGUGAAAAUGCAUCCUUCACGCAAGUUUUUGAUAUUGUUGCCACUAUAACCAACACCAAAAGGCCUUCCCUUAAAAUUCCAUUGUUCGUGAUGGUGGUUUAUGCAUGGUUGUUAGUGCUUUUCUCUAGAAUCACCGGACAACCUCCACUCAUCAGCCCCCCGGCUGUGUGUGUAAUGAGACACCAAUGGGCUUAUUCGUGUGAGAAGGCUAAGAGAGAACUUGGGUACAAGCCGAGGAGUUUGAAAGAAGGUCUAGAAGAGAUUCUUCCUUGGUUGAAGAAAUUGGGCCUGAUUAAAUACUAACACUAUCGAUUGGGCUUAUUAUUGUGCACGUAUGGGAUUAGCAUUUGGCAUACAUGUGUUUCUUAAUUAAGCGUCUAUGUCGUCAUUUAGCAACCAUAUUUUUUUAUGUGCUCGUCUACUCAAAUUUCUCAGUUUAAUGUGAGGGAUGAACACCACUUGUAGAAAAAUUAUAACUAUCGUAACCUUAGGACAAGUUUUACCGGUAUUAUAUGUGUUUAUUUGACAUGUUUUAUGACUUUAUCCGUAUGGC